CCCAGCCCUUACAUGGACAAAUCUGCCUGCAGGGAAAGGCAGGAAUUUGGGCCCUUGACGUCAGCCGCGGGCAGAGCGCGGCAGCCCGGCAGAGCGGGAGGCAGCGGCCGCCGCUUUCGCUUUUUGUUUCGGGGCCGUCCCGCCGAGCUCGGGGCCGCCGGCCGCCCCUCCCUGCGCCCCAGGGGAGGGCUGGGAAAGAAACCUGAAGUCGUGAGUCUGGUGGAGCCCUGCGUGUUUUCAAACGCCCUGCUGAGUUCAUCCCACCAGUAAGGCUGUGCAGUGUGAGAACUGAGUACUUUGUAACUGUGUGUGCCUGAAUGCAUCAGCCUUUGGAGGUGAGCGUCUUCCCUUGAAACAGCCUCGUGGUAUCCAAGUGCCUACUCUCUUGGGAGGUCCCUUGGAAGAGCCUGUCUGUACGUCUGACCGGUGCCUGACAGGGCUGCCUUGCUUCCAGAGCUGAACCAUGUCCCACCCGUCCUGGCUGCCCCCCAAGAGCACCAACGAGCCUGUUGGUCACGUUACUGCAAGGAUGGAGACCACACACACCUUUGGGACUCCCAGCAUCUCCGUGUCCACCCAGCAGACCCCAAAGAAGUUUGCGCCUGUGGUCGCCCCCAAACCAAAGUACAACCCAUACAAGCAACCAGGAGGUGAUGGGGACUUUCUUCCUCCCCCACCCCCUCCUGUGGAUGACCUUGGGAACAUCACAUCAUCACAAGGUGCCUUCCCCCCUCCACCCCCUCUGGAUGAUGUUUCUUACAAUGUACAGGUGAAUCCUGGUGGCAAGACCCUUGAGGAGAGGCGGUCCAGUUUAGAUGCAGAAAUCGACUCUCUGACCAGCAUCCUGGCCGACCUAGAGAGCAGCUCCCCAUACAAACCUCGGACUCAACAGGCCUCGGGGACCUCAAGCAGCUCCGCUGCCACCACCCCAUCCGUGUCCACUCCUGUCACUGGCCACAAGCGGAUGAUCAUCCCCAACCAGCCUCCCCUCACCGCCACCAAGAAGUCCACAGCCAAGGGCCCGGGGCAGCCAGCGCCCAUCCCGGUCACUCCCGUUGGCACCCUGAAGCCGCAGCCGGUGCCGGCCUCCUACGCCACGGCCUCCACGCCGAGCCGCCCGGCCUUCAACGUGCAGGUGAGGACGGCGCAGCCCAGCCCGCACUACCAGCCGCCCACCCCGCAGCCCGGGCACUACGGCAGCCUGGGGCCCGGCCAGCCCUACGGCACCGCGCCGUCCCGCCAGCCCGCCGCCCCUCAGUAUGGAGCGCCGCAGCCCCACGGGCCCAGCUAUGGCUACGGCCCUCCGGCCGGCCGGCCCACCGAGCCCGCCUACGGCUACGCACCGCCGCAGGGCCGCUACCAGGAGCCCUACUAUGGGGGCUAUGGAGGCAGGAAUGGCUCCGAAGCACCCUAUGUCCCGCAGAGCUCCUGGAAGGCCGAACCAGCCUAUCCUGCGAGUAACGCCAUGGGCCAGGCUCCCCCUGGGCUCUACCAGCCACCGGGCACAAAGAAGACCUACAUCACUGACCCAGUGCUGGCCCCGCAGCCACCCGCCUUGCAACAGAAGAGUGGGUAUCCAAGCUCUGGACCUGCAUCAAGCACUCCUGCCUUCAGGCCUGAGGAUGAGCUGGAACAUCUGACCAAGAAAAUGCUGUAUGACAUGGAGAAUCCUCCCUCUGAUGACUAUUUUGGACGCUGUGCCCGCUGCGGGGAGAACGUUGUUGGAGAAGGCACCGGCUGCACAGCCAUGGACCAAGUCUUCCACGUGGAGUGUUUCACCUGCAUAAUGUGCAACAACAAGCUGAGGGGACAGCCUUUCUAUGCUGUGGAGAAGAAAGCCUACUGUGAACCCUGCUACAUUAAUACACUGGAGCAGUGCAGUGUCUGUGCAAAGCCCAUCAUGGAAAGGAUCCUGCGAGCCACUGGGAAGGCUUACCACCCCCACUGCUUCACCUGUGUGAUGUGCAAUCGCAGCCUGGACGGGAUCCCCUUCACUGUGGAUGCUGGUGGCAACAUCCACUGCAUCGAGGAUUUCCAUAAGAAAUUUGCCCCGAGGUGUUCUGUGUGUAAGGAGCCCAUCAUGCCAGCCCCAGGACAGGAGGAGACCGUGCGCAUCGUCGCCCUGGAUCGUGAUUUCCAUGUGCAGUGCUACCGGUGCGAGGACUGUGGUGGCCUUCUGUCUGAAGGGGACAAUCAGGGCUGUUACCCUCUGGACGGGCACAUCCUGUGCAAGACCUGCAACUCUGCUCGGAUCCAGGCUCUGACUGCCAAGGCCAGCACUGACCUCUGAGUAUCAACUGUGACCCUCCCCAGGAUGCCCAUUGGGGGAUAUUGCACAAGCUUUGCAUGAUUUCUUUCCUAGGGUCUGAAUCUCUGUUAUUGAAAAAAAGAAAAAAAAGAAAAGAAAAAAAAAAAGUAAAACUGGAAGGCCUUGGAGCAAGAGGGCAGUUUGAGAGGCCUUGUUCAGACUGCCCAUGACAGGCACCUAAUUUAGACACAACUGUUCAAGAGGGCAGUGAGUGAGUCAGAGCAGCUGCUCUAUCAGCAGCUGAUGGAGGUAAGGGUCACAGCACCUAAGUUAUCUGCCUGUAGAAGGAGGUCUGAACAUUGUCCUUACUCUGCUUCUGUGCUUGAUUCCUGUUUCCUAAGUACAUGAAGGUUGAGGGUGAAAGAUGGCUGAGGUAGGUUAUUUCUCCCAAGUUAUUUUGAGAACCUGACCAGCUUUCAUUGAAGUCAUGGGACUUCAAUGUCUGCUGGUGACUUUAAUAAGAUCUGUGUCACCAGCAGAAGUAGCUCCACUGUCCUAGAAGGUGUGAGAGCAGACCCAGCAUUAAUACAAACAGUGCAACUGCAACUGUACUGCACCUGAGUGUAGGUGUGAUCUUGUAUUCUUGGGACUCAGAUUGGUUAUUUCUUAGGCCCUUACUUGUCUCCACUCCCUUCCAGUUCAAUAGGAUUUUAAUUUUACUCAUGAAAAUCUACUUAGUUAUUGCAUAAAUUUAUUCAGUAGUGAUGCUUCCAAUUCACAAUGUAUGAGCAAUCACAGAAAGAUGUGAGCUUGCACACACUGUACACUACACACACACUACACACUACACACACACAACAUGCUUUUGAUUUACCAGAGGCAUAAGCCAGUCACGUCCAUUGAGAAGAUCUUUAAGGGAUGUGGGGCUGGAAACACCUUUCUGAAAUCCCAGUGGUUAAAAAAAGAUAAAAAUGACUACAUAGAACAGUGCAAAGCGAUGCUCAAAAAAAUCUUACACCACUCCCUCAUUCAGCCCAUUCUGGUGGGACCACUGGCAGUGUUGGUCUCUGGGUAGAUAUUCAAGCAAUAAAGUCUUGUUCUAUCUCCUGUUGUUGCAGGGAGGAUUUUCCCUCAGCAGUAACAGGAUUGAAUCGAGCUUUGGGAUGAUACACAUUUCUCUGAUGUUAACACAUGAUCUGUAUUUUUAAUUUUAAACAAUCAGAUCUUGUUUCAACAACAGCAAAAAAGAUUGUCCUAAGUAAAUGUUCAGUUUUCAUACUAAGAAAGCUAAAGAAGGUAUUAAGCCCUUCACUAUGCCAUUCCAGAAAGCAGGCAAUUCUUUUCCUCUCCCUUUUUAUCCCAGCCACUUAGAACUUGCCUCUGGUGAAAUUCAUGGCAGUAGAGUGCUGGGCCAGCAGCAGUAUUUUCAUCUUCAGUCCAGAAUUUAUAUAUACGCCAAGGUAAAUGAAACCUGGGCACAGAUAAUCCUUUUUUUCCCAUGAUUGUGGGUUUGGGGAGUUUUGGGUUUUUUUUUAGUUUGGUUAAUUAAAAACAAAUCAAAAAAUUAGAAAUCCAUGGCAUUCUGAGCAGUUAUAAUAGUCUUGUUCAUGAAACCCAUAAUAACUAAGGUGUAAAUUACAUAGUGAGGGAGUAAUUUUCAUAUCACUGAAUUGACAUUAAUAUCUUAUUUGCAGAUGUAAUCAAGGAACAUACCUUUCUUUGCACUUAAAUUAAGAAGCAGAACUCGAACAGUUGCAGGCUGAUUGACCAUGUAAGUGACAAACUGGCACUUUUCAAGAGUAAGUUAAAAGAUUUUUUUCAUGCAUCCCACAGAAAAAUAAUAAGAAUGUGGUGCUUUCCUCUUUGUAUCAGGAUUCUGUUAUAGAGAAUAUAUCCAUUAAUGCUGGAAAGAAAAGUUAGAUGAGCUGAACUGAUAGGAAACAAAGGAAAAAUUGUGAUGGGAUACUGCAGCUCCUGCAAAUGGUGCAUUUCCUUUCAGUUUAGCACUAACCUUUCUGGAAGAGCACUGUGAUAUUCAGUGGCUUCAGCUGUCUGUGGUAAAUUCAAAUGCAGAAAUACCAGUCUGAAACCUCCAUUCCUUACAUGGUUUGUAUGUUGGCAAACUUCACCAGUGUCAGGGAAGUUUCCCAAAAUUCACAACUUGAAAUGAAUCCUUCUUUGUAGAAGGGUGGCAUCAUUGACCACACUUCCUUCACCACCAUAGGGGCUGUGCUGAAGCAGUUUGACUUUUCGUACUGGAUUUCUACCCUGGCCUGCAAGAAUGUUACUGCCUCAGACAUAAACAGAUUUUUUGGCACCCUGGCUCCCACCAGGUUCCACCUGGGCUGCUGCUCCCUGAACCGUGGCAUGUAAGGUCCUUCUGAGCUCGCUUCUUGACACACAGUCUGCACCACCACCAGUCCAAAAAACCUUGCAAAUACUGAGCAAAUUUAGUUUGAACUAACCCUACAGAAACAGGGGAGGUCAGUGCUGGAUACAAGCACAGGUGAUAAUGUGAUGCAUUUGGGUGCAGAAUGAGCCAUUCAUCAGGCAGAAAACUCUCGCGGGUAUUAAAUCAAGUGGCUGAUGAGACUCUCCUGAAUAACCCUGGGGUAAUUGAUGGGAACAAACUACUGUGCCUUCCAGCAGAAUGUGGCCUAGACUAAGGAUGACUCAAGUUCAGAGCCUUUGGGCUUUUUACAGCCCUGCCAUAGGCUGGACUGGAGCAAGUCAUAUCGCUCCUUGUCUUCUGCCCUCUGCGUGAGAGAGCUGCUUUGCAGUUCCCAGAGACAUUAUGGGGAUUAAACUAGUCACAGACUAGCCCAAACUAUUGAUUUCUGGAGCUCUAUUUUCUCUUUCCAGAAAACUUUGCUGGUAUGUAGGGCUGGGAUUCCAGCACAUUUCAAUGUGUGCAGCCAGCCAGGAGAUCAGCUCUGAAUCCUCUCUGUUAUGAGAGUGCUGUGGUGAGUUGGGCUGGCAUGCACGGAGGUGAGAGCCAAAAUUUCCAAGCAUUAAAUACUUCAUGGAUGAAAUAUGAUUGACAAAGAUUGAACAGUGUUGAUGUUUGAGGUGCUGUGGCUGGUUUCUAGACCUGACAUAUCUGUGCAAAGAUAUUAUGAUGGGAUUUUUUUUCACCCCUAAACCCCAAAGCCAUCUGCCUGUUGGAAGGAGUGUCCAAAACCCUCUUCUUUAUGUUGUAUGGUUUUGUUUUCCAAAAUUGCUAUAAAUAUAUUUGAAAGAUAUUGUAUAUACAUCACAGAGGCUCUCAUCACCCACAUGUAUAUGGAAAUCUCCCCACUGAUGCUUCGGGAUUUAAUUAGGAAAUGCUGGUGGGAUUUAUCUGAAUUGUACUGCAAUUAAGAACCACUGGGAUAUGGCUUCAUCACAAUAUUUAUCACAUAUUUAUAAUAUAUCAUGUUUAUCUGUUCCAAAGAAGGAGUCUUUUUGCCAAAGAGACCUUGCUUUUUUAAAGUUGGACCUUCUUAGCCAUGACAAAAAUUCACAUCAUCUGUGGCUGUGUUAAUGUCCAAACUGUUCCUUUCAGAAAGAAUUGGAAGAUCACACAAACAUUUCUGUUCAAGUCUGCAGUUUCUGCUUAUGCUGCUUUGUCUAGUAUUUGUUGGCAAGUAGGGCCUGAUCCCAUGAUUUGUAUGGCCAGACAGGGCCCAGGAUCAGGUUCUAAUUUAGCAAACUAUUUAAGUCCCUGGGGUUUGUUUAAGCGCAGACUUAAAGCCAUUGCAUGGUGUGACAUAAGCCAUUAAUACCAGGCUGGUUCUUUAUCCCCUGAUCACACAGGCUUGAUCUGGGUAGGAUGUGGGCACAGUCAACCUUCUAUCAAAUUAUCCAGAACACAGGAAAUGACUCCUGUGUCACCCUUAUGCCAACUGCAGGAGAGCACCACAGCUGAUCAAAUGUAACAUUUGGAUGACAGGAGGCUGAGUUGUUACAAGAUGAGUGCUUUGUCUUGGGUGGCUGUGGCACCUUCCAUAUGUCACAAGUAGCCCUACAGCCAGACUUACUGUUUCUUUGAGCAAUGGCUUUAAAACUGUCUACUUAAACUUUCUCCAGGAGAUUGGGUUGCCUUGGUUACGGCCCAAUCCUUAAGCAUAUCCCCAAGGCUAACACUAGUAUUUUGUGAAUGUGAUCAUUUUAUUGUCACUUAUUUUAUUCAUUGAACAUUGCUUUUAAAAACAGAAAGCCAAACCAAUUCUUUAGCCUAUCAGAUAACACACCUUUAAUUUUGGUUUUGGGAGGAGUGUUAAUAUUUUAAUUCUUAGAUUUUUAUCAUGGCUGCAAAACACUUGGGUAAUGACUUAAUCAUAGAGGUGUGGGAGUACCAAAGUGUUUGUCACUCUACAUAAUAGUGUUCAUCAUGAUAGUAGGAGUGAGGCUUUCACAAAACACAGGCCUUAAAUUGACUUUCUGCCUAUCAGUAAAAUGUGCCUGAGAAGAAUGAGGAAAAAAAAAAGAAAGAAAGAAAGAGUAUCUUUAAAGAAAUGAUGGUUGCUAAAGAGAAUAUGUGACAAGUCUGUCUGAAAUCUCUUUGGACCUGUUAAGGCUGCUGCCUGGCUGUGGUUAGCUCAAGCCUGGUUUAGGUUUGAUUUGGUUCCUUUUGAUUUUGAGGAAGUCUGGAAGGCAAGGGAUAACAGGACCCAAGAGAAGGUUCUUGAGAGAAAUCCCAUGUCAAGGAUCAAUGGUAGACACCUGGUGCUUGCGCUGAGUGUCUCAGAAAGGUUUGAGCUGCUGAGUGGUGUCUGUUGGUGUCUGGCUCCUGCAGUGGGGUCACAGAGUUGGUUUGUGUUUGUUCAGCAGCCUGGCUGGGCAGCACCUCGCCCAGGUUCAGUACUGCAGGCUGGGGCUGUGGGAGAGGGGCUGCUGAGCCAUCCCACCCUGCUGAAAUCCCCAGGAGAAAACACCAGCUAUGGUAACUGAGGGUUUCUUGUGGAAGGAGGGCAGGAACUGCUCCAUAACCUAGAGGUUAGUAAAAUACAGACCAAGAGAGCUGUGAGAACACUAUUUCCAGUUUGAGCUGGUUGCAAUUUUUACACUAAAUUGCGUGAUAACAGAAGAGAGAAAUUCUCUCUUUUCACAAUGUUUCCCACAAUGUUUUUUGGUGGU